UAUUUCUGUAAAGCCAAUAAGGCUGAUUAGCUACCUGUCAGAGAGUACAUGAGCUGGUGCUGUCAGAUUGUUUUGAAAAUAAUGAAUAACGACAUAAGGACAUGUGGGUGCGUAGUAAUAUUUCCCAUAAUGCAAUGGAGAUAACGCUAAGACCUGAGAACUCACGUAAGGAGAUAGCACGGACUUUGUCGUUUCAACCUAGAAGGAUAAAGCAUUAAACGUAUGGAUAUAAAUGUGCAUCGAUGUAAAUUUCAUUUCGAAGAGUAGUUACAUAGUGCUGAUACCAAUUCGGAUUUACAUUUUUUUUAAUUUUUUCCUAAUUUUUUUCUUAAACUUUCCAACAGGAAUUACAAUGAGAUGAUGAGUAGUUACGGUUAAAUUUUGGUACAUAUUUUAGAUUAGCUAACACUGAAUUUGAAUUAAGUAUUUCUUAGUAACAAUGUAAAUGAUUCGGUUACAAAUAUAUUAAAAUCUGACCUGUGAAAAUUCUCAAAUAUGACGGCUGUAGACUUCUCACGACGUUCUUUGAUUGCCCCAAAGUCGUCAAUUCUACCACGAACGUCUGGAAGUGCAAUCAGGAGAAAUGAACACAAGAUUGUUAUUAACGUUGGUGGGAUCAGGUACGAAACCUAUCGAUCAACGCUUAAGAACAUUCCGGACACGCGACUGGCCUGGCUUACAAAUAGUAGGGGACAUAAUCCCGAUUUUGAUUCCGAGUCAGGGGAAUACUUUUUUGACCGCCAUCCAGGUGUUUUUAAUAUGAUACUGAAUUAUUACCGGACAGGAAAGCUGCAUGCACCAACAGAUGUUUGCGGGCCCCUUUUUGAGGAGGAGUUGGCCUUCUGGGGUUUGGAUGAGAAACAAAUUGAGCCCUGCUGUUGGUCAAACUAUAGGGCUCACAGGGAUGCCCAGGAGACUCUAGCGGAGAUGGACGGAGGUGAUGUUCAUAGCAAUGAAUCUGAUACGGAGUCAUGCCAUCUAGAGGACAUUCGUGAAAAGUUUGGUAUUAUUGAAGAACACAGUCCGGAAAGUAAAUCUUUUUGGACAAGAUUUAAACCCCAGAUGUGGAAACUGCUAGACGAGCCAACGUCAUCAGUGCCUGCAAAGAUUUUUGCUUUUGUGUCUUUCACGUUUCUGAUUGUAUCCAUAAUGUCUUUCUGCCUCGAAUCACAUAUCAUGUUCCGAGAGACUGUGAUCCCAAAUAUAAACAUUUCCAAACUGACCGUCAGAGAUAAGGAGGUUCUGACUAAACCCAUGUUCUUUCUGGAUAUUAUUGAAUACAUCUGUGUUUUCUUCUUCACCGUGGAAAAUAUUCUCAGAAUUGUUUUCUGUCCGGAUCGAAAACAAUAUUUAAAACAGGUUUUCAGUUGGAUAGAUAUCAGUGUCGUCAUUCCGUGUUACUUGUGUUUUAUUAUGCUCCUUGUGGAUAGUGAUAUUCGAAGUUCUAUCGCUUUUAGAUUCAUCAAUGCUCUCAGACUUAUAAGGAUAUUCCGGAUUUUCAAACUGACAGUCCAUGUGAGCGGACUGAAAAUCCUUGGUCAUACGAUAAAAGCCAGUGCCAAGGAAUUGUUGCUGUUGUUCUUAGUGUUGAUAAUUGGAGUUUUAAUAUUUGCGUGUUUGAUUUAUUAUGCUGAACAAGUAGACGAGGCAGAAGUCAAUUCCUUUUCAAAUAUUCCACGAGGAUUUUGGUGGGCCGUUGUUACAAUGACAACAUUAGGCUAUGGUGAUUUAUAUCCAAGAACUGCACUUGGUUAUAUUAUCGGAACAGUAUGUGCCGUUUGUGGUCUUCUUAUGUUGUCAUUACCAGUGCCUGUGAUAGUUAGCAACUUUACACUUUACUACACACAUGCUCAGGCACGACUUAAACUACCAAAGAAAGCAAAGAAACAAGCUCUGUUAAGUGCGGCAAAUGCACUUGUUGACCCAGAUGUUGCUGAUACAAUAAGUGAAGAGUCUACAGCAAACAAAAAUAGCCUUCCUAGGACUAGCAGCGAGGACUCCGCCUUUGGUAGUUGUCCCGAUAAAUUCAAGGAGAUUUUUCUUUUUGUUUCAGAUAAAUUCAAGGAGAUAAAUGAAACAUAUUUAAGAGGCAAGCGGAAGUCGGCUCCACCGAUGUAUAAUGGGAAGAACGGAAAAGUUGGCAUCAGCGUCGUGUUCACAGAAGAAUCUCCAAUUCCUGAUCCUCGUAAAUUAUCUAUAGAUAGUAUCGAUAAUGCCAACGAUGAUAAUGUAAUUGAUAAUGUCUCAGAUGAAGAAACGUCAGUACAGUCACGUGACAGCCUAACACCACAUAGACAUUCCUUUGAUCAAAAUUUACCGAAACGAAAUAGAAAAGUUAGUUUGGUUCCUCCUGGAAUUACAGCAUCAAGAAGAAGUUCAAUACGUUCUGCUCGAAGUUCCAAUAGAUGAAAAAUGUCCUGAGAUUUACAUUUGUAUUUUUAACUAACUAAAACGUGGUACUGAUGCAAAACUACAAGCGAAGUGUAAAAAAAUCUAAUAAAACUGUUUCAUGUUCAUUCACACGUACAUGUACUUUCAUGAUGAUAUUGUUGCAUUCCCAAAUAAGUGAUAUUUAUUCCAUUUUUUAAGUGCAUGUCUUUUUAUUCCGAGACAUUUACCGAAUAUCAAGAUUCCAUGCAUACAACAAAUUGAUAUAUUAUGUAAAUGUCAGCUAAAAACGAAUCUGAUACAAUACUUUAAUAAAUUACAUUUUCUAUUCAUAAACGUAAAAUAUUCGUUGAAACCUCGAUGCUUUAGAUUUAUAUAACAACGCUGUGACACAUCCUUUAUGGCUCCCUUCGGAAAUAGCUCCUCCGGAAGCUAUAUUCGGAGAACGUAUUCGUGUACAGCUCUUACGUACCUAUAUUCUUUAUAUAUAGCUCCCUAACUAAAAUUGGAGCUAUACAUGGAACACUUGUAGCACUGUCCCGCAUAUAGCUCCUCGGUCUCUUUAUUCAUUUAAGAUAUUAAGAGCACUACGAAGUACAGAAUAGUCCGGAUCCGCACUCUACGUUCAGUAAUGUGUAUGAAGAUGGCUCUGAGAUUAGCUAUCUGCUUCACAUUUAUAUAGAGAAAACCAAAUGCCGAGAUGAAAUGCUAAGCUCGGCCAUCGAUAUCCAAAUUUUUGUAGCUGAACAAAAUAAUACAGAGCUGGAAUGCCGAGAACGGCAAUCGAAAUCAAUCUUUCAUAGUAAGAAAUGAGUGUCGAGCUAGAAUGCAGAGCUCACGGACCGGCAUUUGAUUGUCUAAACCUCGGGGUCAUGAUCAGUGUGUCACGACGUUGUCUCGAAGACAUUUUUCACAUUUACAGAGAGGGUAAAGGCAUACACAUAUACAAAACUAGAAUUAUGUCGAUAGGAUACGGAUGUCCCAACUUUGACGCUUUUCACUAAACAGAAGCAUUGAUGUUUAUUCUCCUUUGAGACUUACAUGAAAUUUAUGUUAUUUGUUGACUGUAUAGUUUUUAACGACGAGGUUGUGUCACAAUAUUUCACAUAUAUGUCUAAAAUCUAAUUAAGGGUCGUUACUUAACCACUGUUUGCCAAUCAGUACUUCUGACAGUUAAGGGUCUUUGGGGCAAUUACUUUAUUUCAUCAAGGGCUAUCAUUCUGCAGUUACUGGUCCGAUACAAAAACAUACUCGUCACUUAAGCCUAAUUAAAAUGUUUCAAAUUUGGUGACUCUUUCACAUAAUUAAGAAGAUGAAUGUCUGUCAUAGUAGGAUCAAGUACGCAUUUGGACUAAAUGAGGGGCCGCAACAGCGCAACUGGCGGACCAGAAUCAAAAAUUAAAAUCAAGGUACCUAACUCUAUUUACCAGUUAUCAUUUUCUAAAGUUUAGUGGCUGUCAAUCAAAUGGUAUCCAUUGAUAAGUAUCCGCUCUCUUACUUAUUCGUUCAUAUACACGGACGGAGAAGAGCAAUUCUGUAUGUCGUUUCCACUUCAGAAGGUCAAAAUAACACUUCCACAUACUCGUGUUUUGUAUUACUCUUGCAUAACUGUUAUAUCACUUAAAUCCAUGUAUAGGGGGUCAUGUUCGGAAUAGCAUAUUAUGCUUGCGUUCGUAUACGGCUCCUCCAUAGCAAGAAACGUACUCUGGAAAGCUAUAUCCGAAUGGAGCCAUAAAGGGUGUGACAGUGCUGUGUUUCGUUUCCAGAAUUAUGCAAUUUUAAGAUGUUUUCAAUGUGUUUGUCUCUCAGAUAAAACGGGUUUAUAAAGUUUUGGAAAACAAUCUUUGGUUUAAACUUGCUCCCGAUUGCAUAUGUAAGCAUGUAUAAGUUAUGUAUCAUCCAUUGUAUUUUACAAUGACAGCAAUAUAUAUAUAUGUAGAUUAUCGAGUCAUAAUUAUAAAUAACUUUGCAAAACUAAAUGAAUGUUGAGUAUUGUUCCUUAACUGCACGAAUGUCAUAUUAUUCAACCAAAAUGGUUUAAGGCAAAGCGAUUUGGAACAUUGAUGACGCUAUUAAUAUUUCCAAACAUUCGUCCAAUUACGUCUUAAAAUAUUACUUUCUAGAUAAUUUGUUUUUAUACAUAUAUUAAUGCAUUGACCCGUUCCUUAUCUGAAAUAUUCAUACAUAUAUUAAAUUGUGCAAAUAUAAAAAAAAAAAUAUUCUGUUCCAUUUCAAGAACUAAAUAAGAAGUAAAUAUGAAGUUAUUGGUGUACAACGGUUUUCCAUGUUCUAAUAAAAUCUGGAAAGUAGAUCCCUCGGAAGCACCGAUAACAAUGCAAACAGCGAAAAUUGCAGACUCGGUUUGAUUGAGUCUGUUUAUGAGCAGUAAUGGAAAAGUCACAUUUUAUCUUAUUUGUAUACACAGCUAAGAAUCUUGAAACAAUAUGUCUGUUUUUUGUACAAAGUAUAUUGCCAUUAAAAUGUCAAUACCUAAA